AUGACAGACCUCGUUCUUAAUCAAAAAAAAAAGAAGAAAAAAAACGGCUCUCGGACGGGAGCCGGCUCUUAUCGUUCAUUUAAAAGAGCCGGCUCUUUGAGCAGACUCGUUCGCGACCAACACAUCACCAGUAGUUACUACAUUUCCCAUGAGCACCCGCGCUGGGUUGAAACUACACAAGACAUCAUGGCGGGAAUCGCAGCGUUCCUGAAGAAUGCAUGGAACAAGGAGCCAGUUAUCCUGGUCUCCUGUGCUAUUGGACUGAUGGGUGUUGCAAUUCCAUUUAUCAGCCCCAUCACAAAGUAUACAGGAAUGAUCAAUUCGUCUGUGCCGUACAACUACCCAGUCCCUGUGCGAGAUGAUGGAAACAUGCCUGAUGUCCCGGCUCAUCCGAGUGAAGCAAAAGGACAAAACUUGGAAUGGCUUAAAAACCUUUAACUUCACCUAUACGAUCAACACUUGUGCCGUUCCUCUUGUUCAUAAUGUUUCUGCAGAGCUGCUCCACUUAUCAAUGUGCUGCAAUAAAAGAUUUAUUUAAUUCUA